UUGCAUCAAAACAUUUUUGACGAGCCUUCAAGCGAAGACGAUCUCAAGUAAUAACGCGUGUAACUUGUACUGUGUUUAUCGUGUCCUUUGAAAUAACUACGUUUUUUAUUUCAUUUAAAAUUCCAGUGAUAUUUUCGUAUUGAAAAUAUCCUAUUUGUUAUCACUUCGAAAUUAAACAAAUCUUAAAAAGUAAAACAUGAAGACUUCAUCAUUCGCUUCGACUGCCUUUACUUUAGCUGUUCUCUGCUGUUUCGGUGUAGUUCUGGCUCAACGUGGCAUUCCUAUACCACAAGGUGGACGCACUUUUGAGGCUAAUGCUGUGAUACUUAAACAAGGCUUUGAUUUGAAUCCAGAUGGCUCAUAUAACUAUAAUUAUGAAACAAGCAACGGAAUCCGGGCUGAUGAAGCAGGUUUUCUGAAAAAUCCUGGUUCUCAACUUGAAGCACAGGUCAUGCAAGGCUCGUAUUCUUACACUGGUCCAGAUGGUGUUGUCUAUACCAUAAACUAUAUUGCUGAUGAAAAUGGUUACCGCGCAGAAGGUGCUCACAUACCAACACCUCCACCAGCAAGAGCACCUGGUGGUCGCUUCUUUAAGUAAACUAUUAAUUUGGCUUUAAAAAUUGCAAAGGAUACAACACUUUCAGCAAAAUUCAUCAGCACUAGAUUAAACGGCAAGUUAGCAAUCAUAGGUACAGCAGGCAAAAAAUCAAUUCAAAAUGUGGCAACAUCUUUUCUAUUAUUUCAAUUUAAGUGUUUUCUAAGGAGAAAAUAGCAAAAUAUACCAGCGUUAACAAUAAUGAAGUUCUAAUAUAAUCAAAGGACUAACCUUAUAUUUAUUAUUUUUACAUAAUGUUUAUUAUUUUAUUAAGAAAGUGCUCACUCGUUUUCACUCCCUCCUUCUAAUCAUAUCUAUGUCAUGGGUUUCUAUAUUUUCAAUAAGGUUUCUUUUCUAUUUUCACAAAUAUCUUCAUGAAAACCGCUCUACGUGUUACUGUCCAUCGCACUUUUCUAUCUAUUAAAUAAUUUUAACUAAAACUGUUUUAAGUGAAAACUGUAAUUUU